AUGGCGCACGUAUAUAACUCCGAUUGUAGCGACAGUGACGAUAUCCCAGAGGUUUCAUUCACGCUAUGUAUCCAUCCAUAUAUGUAUGAACCUGAGACAUCGAACAAUGACGAUCAUAUCGACUCAGAUUCGUCAGAUUGUUCCGAGGAACUGCAUAUAAGAGGUGACGAGGAUGACGAAGAUAGCAUGGCUUCCGAUCAACCUGUCGGAGAAUGGUGUUCCUGUAACAUGUGUUCCCAUAUGUCCACUGAGGACGAAAGAAAAUGCUGUCAGGACAUGAGCAUAUUAGAAGAAAAGUUGACCGACAUAGGCUGUAUCACCCAACAUGAAGGGUUUAUUGCGAAUUGUCUAAACAUACAUGUCCUGGAAACAUCCUAUUAUGAAUAUGCUGAAACACACGGCCCAGGAAGACAAGAAGACAUUCACAGGAAGUAUCGGCUUGUAGCAUAUCGUCGCUUCAUUAGGUGGACAUGGAAAGUUCUAGGGAAAAAAAAUCGACAGGUCAUACCAUCAUGUGCUGUGACUGCCAUACGGAAACAAUUUCCAUCACAACAAUAUACUGGUUUCAAGUACCCUCGUUUCUGACAUAGCUCGUAAAUCUCUGACAAUUGUUAUGGAUGAUAACAUCUCUGUCAAAAUUCCCCAUGGCACUGCGGAGUUGACUUGCAAUGGAAGGAGGGGGAGCAUCCAUUUCCUCAAAAAGAGCUGCU